CCACUCAAACGGCUCUUUUAAGAGCCACCCACGUUUCCUCAAAGAGUUGAUAUCUUUUGUUACUGUUUCGUAUUUGUUUAAAAUGCACUAUAUUAUGUGGAGUAGUUACAUAUUUUAUUUCGAUCGUGGUGACCUAUUAACGUCCGCUGUAUGACGGUACUUUUCGCAAUCUUGUUGCGCUGUUUUUAGGGUGUUGUUUCUUCAUAGAAAGAUGCAUGUCUAUACGCUUUAUACGAGAUUGUGACGUUUGCCAUUACAUCUGCAAGUUGUGUGUUUAGUAUUUGCUCAUCUGCAAAUGGUCUCGGAGACGUUUUCUAUAAUGUAGACGUUGUUUAUGGUUAAAAACUGUUUUUCUAAAACGUUUAUCGCAUGUUUUACACAUGUAUUUAACAGACAUCUACACGUAUCUGUACUAACUGUGUGCACAUGCGUUUUUUCAACCUUUUAAUGAACUUUUCAAAUACAAGUUUUAUCUUCACCAUACACCGGUCACUAAAAUAAAGGCAAACGAAUAACAAAGGACGAAUUUGGUUACAAAAGUUGUGUAAUGUUAGUGUAUAUUUUUAAACGCAAACACAAACAAAAUGCUUUUUCGUUUGAUGAACUGUUUCGUGCAAAAAAAAAAAAACUGGCGCCUAUAUUUAGUAUUAAAAGCAUUUUGCGCUUUAUAUUUCCAAAGAUAGAAUUAUAUUUCAUAUACACUGUUUAUAAAAUGAGCGGGAAAGUUAAACACAACAAAAAGCACAGUUUUUUUUAAACAUGAGGCGGUGGGUGUGGCUACAGUUUUAGAGACUCGAUUGGUUCGCUUACGUUACAGCUACUCCAAUGAAAUCCAUUUGUGUUCUUUGUCCAAUGAAAACCCGCAAUCACAGUGUGGUCAUGGUCUCUGAAAAUUAGCAUGGACAGAGAAUAAAUACUUCUUCACCAAAGCAGACUGUUACAUACUUUGUCGUUCCGUCUUGAGUAAUCAUGCCUGAACCAGCGAAGUCCGCACCUAAGAAGGGGUCCAAGAAGGCCGUUACUAAAACCGCAGGAAAGGGAGGCAAGAAGCGCAAGAGGUCCAGGAAGGAGAGCUAUGCUAUCUACGUCUACAAGGUCCUGAAGCAGGUUCAUCCUGACACCGGGAUUUCCUCUAAGGCCAUGGGGAUCAUGAACUCUUUCGUCAAUGAUAUUUUCGAGCGUAUCGCCGGUGAGUCUUCUCGUCUCGCUCACUACAACAAGCGCUCCACCAUCACAUCGAGAGAGAUCCAGACCGCCGUGCGUCUCCUGCUGCCCGGUGAACUCGCCAAACACGCCGUGUCUGAGGGAACAAAGGCCGUCACCAAGUACACCAGCUCCAAAUAAAUCUGUUGAAGCUUUCAACACCACAAAGGCUCUUUUAAGAGCCACCCA